CGGAGAGCCGGGGACGGGCGGCUGGGCGCCGGGCGGACCAAGGGUGACUGUGCUCCCACGUCCCAAUAACCAGUUCAGGAUGUCCAUCCUGGAGCGGCUGGAGCAGAUGGAGAGGAGGAUGGCCGAGAUGACGGGCUCCCAGCAGCACAAGCAGGCGAGCAGUGGAGGCGGCAGCGGAGGCGGCAGCGGAAGUGGUGCCGGAGGGGGCCAGGCCCAGUGUGCUUCUGGCACCGGGGCCCUAGGGGGCUGCUUCGAGAGUCGUGUGGUUGUAGUCUGUGAGAAGAUGAUGAGCCGAGCCUGCUGGACCAAGUCCAAGCACCUGAUCCAUUCCAAGACUUUCCGUGGAAUGACCCUGCUACACCUGGCUGCUGCCCAGGGCUAUGCCACCCUGAUCCAGACCCUCAUCAAAUGGCGCACAAAGCACGCUGACAGCAUUGAUUUGGAACUGGAGGUUGACCCCCUGAAUGUGGACCACUUCUCCUGCACUCCUCUGAUGUGGGCCUGUGCCCUAGGGCACUUAGAAGCAGCGGUGGUACUGUACAAAUGGGACCGCCGUGCCAUCUCCAUCCCAGACUCCCUGGGAAGGCUGCCUCUGGGAAUUGCCAGGUCGAGGGGCCAUGUGAAAUUAGCAGAAUGUCUGGAGCACCUGCAAAGAGACGAGCAGGCCCAGCUGGGACAGACCCCCAGGAUCCACUGUGCCCCAAGCGAAGAGCCAAGCACAGACAGCUGGAUGGCCCAAUGGCACAGGGAGGCCAUGAGCUCUCCAGAAAUACCCAAAGGAGUCACUGUCAUUGCAAGCACCAAUCCAGAUCUGAGAAGACCUCGGUCUGAACCCUCUAAUUACUACAGCAGUGAGAGCCACAAAGAUUAUCCGGCUCCCAAAAAGCAUAAAUUGAACCCUGAGUCCUUCCAGGCAAGGCAGGAGAAACUGCUUUGCACUGCACUGAGUCUGGAGCAGCCAAAUAUCAGGAAGCAGAGCCCUAGUUCUAAGCAGUCUUCCCCCGAAACAAUGAGCCCCAGUGAAGGAGUGAGGGACUACAGCCGGGAAGCCUCCCCUCCCACUCCAGAGUCUGCAGCAUUCCAAGCCUCUGCACCUCAGCCUGUAGUAAAGUGGAGUUCCAAAGAUCUUUACAUUGGUGUGUCUACAGUACAGGUGACUGGAAAUCCGAAGGGGACCAGUGUAGUAAAGGACGCGGCGCCUUCACAGGUGCGUCCGAGGGAACCAAUGAGUGUCCUGAUGAUGGCUAACCGAGAGGUGGUGAAUGCAGAGAUGGGGGCCUACCGGGGUAGUACAGAGAGCGAGGAAUGCCCCCAGCCCAUGGAUGAUAUUCAGGUGAACAUGAUGACCUUGGCGGAGCACAUUAUUGAGGCCACACCAGACCGAAUCAAGCAGGAGAACUUUGUGCCCAUGGAGUCCUCAGCCCUGGAAAGAACAGAUCCCGCCACCAUUAGCAGUACAAUGAGCUGGCUGGCCAGUUACCUAGCUGAUGCCGACCGUCUGCCCAGUGCUGCCCACAUCAGGAGUGCAUACACUGAGCCCCUAACUCCUUCUUCUAAUGCCAGCUUGAGCCCCGCAGGCUCCCCUGUCAGUGAAGUGGCUUUUGAGAAACCCAGUCUUCCCUCGGCUGCAGACUGGUCAGAAUUCCUGAGCGCAUCCACCAGUGAGAAGGUAGAGAAUGAGCUCGCUCAGCUCACGCUGUCCGACCAUGAGCAGAGAGAACUCUACGAAGCUGCCAGGCUUGUCCAGACUGCCUUCCGGAAAUACAAGGGCAGACCCUUGCGGGAACAGCAAGAAGUGGCUGCUGCCGUCAUUCAACGCUGUUACAGGAAGUACAAACAGCUGACAUGGAUAGCCUUGAAGUAUGCACUUUACAAAAAGAUGACCCAGGCAGCCAUCCUCAUCCAGAGCAAAUUCCGAAGUUACUACGAGCAGAAACGGUUUCAGCAGAGCCGGCGAGCUGCGGUGCUGAUCCAGAACUUCUACCGGAGUUAUAAAAAGUGCGGCAGGAGACGGCCAGCGCGCAGGACAGCAGUCAUCGUGCAGCAGAAGCUCAGGAGCAGUUUGCUGACCAAAAAGCAGGACCAAGCUGCUCGAAAAAUAAUGAGGUUUCUACGUCGCUGUCGUCACAGAGUGAAAGAAUUGAAAAAGGCCAAGGAACUUGAAGACAUACAGCAGCAUCCCUUAGCAAUGUGACAUUGCUUCUCAGACUGUUUUCAUUUCUGUUUUUAGCAGAGACAUGCAACAACAAACAUACGCGUGCGCGCGCACACACACACAUACACACACACACACACACAGACACACACACACACACACACAAUCCCUCUGCAGUUUUGGGGAGUCAGCUGCAGGAUUUUAACAAGAAUGUUUUGGUCAUUGCAUUUGCACUUUCAUGGACAACUUUUAAUUUGAUCAGCAAGACAUCUUGGAACUCAAUCUUCUGUUGGAUCACAGGAAAACAAGACACCAGGAGGAACUGGAAGGGCUUCUUCAUCUUAGGAAGAAGCCACUUUCCUUGUCAUUAGGGCUGUAUUCAAACAUCGUGUGGAACUGUACAAAUAUUUAUACCAAAAAUAUAGAUAAGAACAGGUGGGGCGAUGCUAGCAACACAAGGAAUGCUGGGCCUGCACCUUCGGUUACUUCCAAGAAGCUGAAUCUUUGGUUCUCAGUGGAGGGCUUAGAUCACCCAAGUCAUUACUGAGUCUGUGUGUUCUCAUUUCCUUCACUGUUUUCUUUUGUUUUGGGGUUGUUUUUUUUUUCCUAUUUGUUUGUUCGUUUGUUUGUUUGGAUCUCUACAGCACACUUAAUGCAACUUUUUAAAUCUGCAGGUUUUUAAUGUCUUGUGAAAAUUUGCAGAGGGGCGGGUGUGUGGUAAACGGGUAAUGCACGGGAAAUAAUGAGAAACAGCUUACAGAAUUAAAUUUAUUUUCUUGUCCCCACCACCUCCCAAGAACCUGCGAGGAUAGUGAUCGAUUCGUCCCUUUUCUCAUGUUCAGCACUUUAAUUUGUUGGCCUUACUUUCACUUGCAAUGAGAAUUACUUAAGAAUUGGUAAAGCAUGUAGCCUUUUUUAGUAACCUUGGAAACCGUAGUAAUUCCAAGGAAUCAUUAACCUUGCCUGGACAUUUGCCACCUAAACGACAGUGUGGUGCUGCAUUCUGGCCAGUAAAUUCCAUGUUUUGGCUCUAUCUCAUCCAAACAGAGUGGCUUCUGUGUACAUAUAAAAGGUAGAAAUGAAAAAAGCAAGAAAAUAUUUGAAAGGGGUUAUAUUAAUUGCUAAAUAUUUUAUUCACAAAGGUCAAUAACAUGGCAAGAUGAAAUUAUUUGUAUAGUUUUGUCUGAAUGAGCAAGAACAAUGUGGAUGUAUUGUUUGUAUAUAUUGUAUAUAUUAAAACAAAGAUGUGCAUGAAAUCAAGAAAAAGAACAAAAGCAAAGCAUUAGUGGCUAUGGUCUGUAAAAUGAAACAAAAAAAACUUUAUUUCACUAUAAGAGUACUUUAUUUUAAAUGUUCUGUAGAAGAACAUUUUGCUAAAGCAUGACUAACCUGCAAAAAAUAAAAAAGAGCUACUGUAUUUAGAAAUAGGAAAAAAGGCAGAGUAGCAUUACUUUAAAAAAAAAAAAAAGGAUAUGUUUACAUUUAAUUUUGGCUACCAGGAGUUUAUUUUAUUUUAUUUAAAAAAAUUUUUUUGCCAAAGGUGCCAAGUAAUGUGAAUGCUAAUAUUGCUUAAGAAAAUUAAGUUACUUUUGCAAAAUAGAUAAUCAUAAGAUGAAUCCUUACAGAACUUAACACCAUCCACUCACACCAACAAAGAACAUCAGAAUGAUCAAAAUUUGACAAAAGAAUUAGUGUGAAAUUAGAAAAAAAUGACGUUUUCAUAUCUCCUGAAAAUCAAAAACUGAAAAAUAACAAAAAAAUAAAAGUGAAAAAAAUGGAGACUGGUGUUGAAGGGAUGCCACGGUAUAUUACUCUUUCCAUGUAAUGAGGAGCCAAAGAAAUCUGAUGCUUUUAAAAUUAAACUAUUCAUGUCAAAUAGAGAGAACCAAUUUUGCAUUUGCUAAUGCCAGUUUAAAAUCCCAGGUUAAGUGUGAGAAUUGGUUGGUAUGAGAUUUUCUUUAAAAACAAAAACAAAAACAUGGUUCUGGCUGCCAACUGUGAGUUAAAACUCAAGGCUUGUUGUGAAGCCUAAAAAUAUUCACAAAUGAGCUUUAAACUGGUGUCUUCAGAAGGAAGGGAGAAACAAAAAGACUGUGGUUAAAAAAAAAAAAACUGGGGUCAGUGCUCUUGGUGCCUUUUCUAUAAUUGUACUUGUUUUUUAAUUACUUCCUUUCACUGCCAACCUCAAAUUACUGUACAGUAUAUGUCUUUCUGCUUGUGAUCAGCUUGGACAACAGUGACAGCCCCACAACUAGUAGCCACCUGUACAUUUGUAAGCUGACCUGACCCAAUUUUGUUUUUACAUGUGUGGGUUAUGUUGCAGCUGUUGCAAUCCUUGCCCUUACCCCCCAUUCCUAUUAUUUUACACAGUUUGACCUGUCUGAGGACACGGAGUAAUUUAUAAAAACACAAUUGUAUUCAUAACAGGGAACAGAAUGUAAAGCCAGCUCUUUCAGAAUAUCCUAUAUUAAUACUGGAUUUGGAUACAUUUACUCCAUUGCUUAUGGUUCAGAUAACUGAUCAUUUGACCAGAGUAAUGACCUCAGUGGAUUUGCUUCAACCCUCACAUUUAUUUUUUUAAAUGUUUCACAUGCCACAUUAUUAGCUCAGUAAGUUAGAAAACUCUGGAAGAUAGAGACAUAGAAUUAGGAAGUUCUUACGGAGGGGAUAGAAGUAGGGUCAAAACCUACCAGUACAACUGUGAAUUCUAGGUGAGGUCGAAGCGUACUUCCACUGAAACAAAGCAUUUCUGACCACCUUUUUUGAUUGUGACUCUUAAUUUUGAAUAUAAGGUGAUAAGUAGGCGCAGCUUUCUUGGAUAAUCUGAAUUCCCAAGUGCCAGGAGUAGGAUUUCAUUAUAAAAUUAAUAGCUAAUCUUAUUCUGUCUCCUGAAGAUUUAAUUGCUAUCCUUGUUACCCAUUCAAAAUCAGCUGUACUGUGUGAAUGAAAUAAAGACAUUACGACGAACCCCUUUCUGGCUGCACGGUCGCUUAUGGCAGUUCCACACAGUAGUUGGCGCCCAACGGGGGGUCCCUGAGACUUGCAUGUAAAACUAGUCUAGAUGUCUUCUUUUUUGUAAGUUUUAUUUUUGUAAUUGUGCAUGUAAAGCAUCAUUGAGUCAAUGGAUCUGUUGAAGAACUCAGCUGCUGGAAACCAUGCAAAAUGUUUUGAAUUGCCCUUAAAAUAUGGAAAAUGUUUUCUGAAUGCUUUAUAUUCUUUCUGCUGUAAAUUAAA